UUAAUAAUAUAUUUUAUUAAUUACAUGUUUAUCAUUACAAUUCAUAAACAACAUAUAACAAAAAUAGCAGUGAAUAUAUAUAUAAAUAACAUGUUACGUGCAAUAAUAAACAGAAGAUUGAUCUGUUCUGCAUUUUUUCCAUUUAAUUCUUCAUCUGAUGAUGAUUCUAAUGGAAAAUUAACAAAAUUAUUUAGAAGAAAAGAAGCAUUUAUAAAAUAUGAAGGUUAUUUUUUUGACGAAAAAGGAUAUCCAACCAAAGAACUACAAUCAGUCUAUAAUACAACGUCCUUGGGUUUUAUAACAGGAUUUCUUUUGGGUGGAAUAAAUAAAGCAAAAGAUGUUCCAGAAAUUCACAGAAGAGAAAAUCAAGCUACCUUAUAUGAACAUAAAUUUUAUGCCCAUCGUGAAGUACAAAAUAAAGUAGCCUUUGCUUUAACAAAAGGAGGUAUUUCAUUUGGCAUAAAACUUGGAUUCUUUUGUUUCUUGUUCUCGAGUGUAUCAGCAUUCUUACUUAUAUAUAGAGAAAAAUUUGAUGUAUUAAAUACUAUGUUUAGUGGUGCUGUAGCAGGUUUUAUAUAUAAAAUGAAUAUGGGUUUGAAAGGAGCAUUUGCAGGAACAUUAUUAGGAACAAUAAUGGGUGCUAUAUAUGGUUGUAUCACAUCAUUCAUUUUAUUCAUAACUCAAACUGAUAUGAAUAAUCUUUAUGAAGCAGGAUCAAAACUAAUGAAUGCAAGACGAAAUAAAAUAAAAGAAAAUGCAAGGAACAUAAUACAGGAAGAAGAAUUAAAACUAAAAGAAUUGCAUGAAUAUAGUCAGAAAACACAUCAUAUACUUGGAAAAAAACAGCAAAAAGAGUAAUUUCAAAAAUAAAAAUUUAGUAACAAAUUAAUAUAUUGGAAUAAUAUAUAUAUCUAUUAAUUUUAAUAAUUAUUUAUAUAAUUACAUCAUAAAUUAUUAUUUAAUAAUUCUUUGUAUAGACAAUGAUAAAUAGACUCAAACCAGAAUA